AAUGGCAGCUCCUACGGAUGAAUUGAUUUUGUUGGAGCGAGUGUUUUUUCGUUUGGGAUCUGCAGAGACUGAUGAACAAUUGCAAACAUCAGUCUGCAAAUUUUUACCUCCAGUUUUAUUGAAGCUCUCUAGUGGACAAGAAGGUGUUAGAAAGAAAGUAAUGGAACUAUUAAUUCAUAUAAAUAAAAGAAUAAAAAGUAGACCACAAGUUCAAUUACCAGUUGAAGCACUAUUACUACAAUAUCAAGAUCCAGCUGCUAGCUCAUUUGUGAUUAAUUUUACUAUUAUAUAUAUAAAAUUAGGGUAUCCAAGAAUGGAAAUGCAAAAGCAAGCAGAAUUAAUUCCAAGUGUAUUAAAUGCCAUUGAAGGAAAACCAUUAUCUCAUCAAGAUAGUUUGUUACUUAUAAUUAUGCCUGCAUUGGGUCAUGUUAAUGUUCCUGUGGAUCCAGAUAAACAGUCAUCUUUUCUUGGUUUACAAGACAAACCUUAUGUAUCAAAACAGUUACUCAAUUUUAUGCUUGAUGUUUUAUUGUUACCUUAUGGAUCUGUAGGACAAAUGCAAAAUCAACAGUCAGAUCAAACUAUUGAUUGGCCACAAUUUCGUGUACCAUUAGGUUUAAGUGAAUAUGCAUUUAAACGAGUAAUUGGAGAAAAUCCACCAACUGCAGAACAUCUUGAACAAACGAAAUUGGGAAUUGUUAAAUUUUUAGCUGGAGGGUUUUUCCCUGAUUCAGAUAUUCUUAUACAUUUAAUAGUAGCUGCUGCAGACACUAGGUUUACCGUUGCUAAUUUAGCCGACUUAGAAUUAAAAAAAAUUGUUAUGACAUUAGAUUGGUCUUCAAUGCAGUUAGCUGUACCACUGUAUACAUUAUUCUUGGGUACUGAGGCUUUAGGACUCCAAAAAGAAGUUAAGCCAGAAAUGAAACGAUUGCCUGCGGGUAUACGAAUUCGUUUAAAAUUAUUGCAUUAUCUUUGUCGUGUUACUAAAGCUGGUAUUAUAAUACCACCAUGUAUUCAGGUAGUUUUUCAUUCUCUAGAAGGAGAUGGAAAAAGUACAAAUGCAAAGUUAAAAUCAUUGGCAUUACAAUUUACAUUAAACAUUGUGCAACAGUGUAGUCUUGCUCCAUUAUCUCGUAUAGCAGGUAUUAUUUUGAAUCGCAUGAUAAAAUUAAUUUUCAAUGGUGAAGAUAUUCAUAAAAUGAUGGCAUAUACUGUUAUUGGACAAUUGGGACAAAGAAUUCCAUCAGUAAUAGAUAAAAAUUCAAAUUUGUUAUGUCAUUUAUUUGAUGCGCUUGUAUCGACGGAAGGUGAUUUACGAAGAACAGUACGAGAUACAUUAAUUUCUAUAACAUCAGCAUUUGUACUUAAUAAAGAUGAUGAAGUUAAUAUAUCUCUAAUGAACGGAUUAUUGUCUACUUAUAUCGAGUCGUCAGAAUCUAAUGUUCGAUUUGUAGCUAUGCAUUAUGCUGCUACUGUAUUUCCUCCAGAUGACAUACCUUCUCGUUACCUUUUAUUAUUAGUAUCUGGAGACGAUAAACACGAGAUAAGAACAGAAGCUAUAAAAGUUUUAUAUGGUACUAUAAAUAAAAAUGAACAUGAUACGCAAGAUUGUAAUCAAAUUCUGUUACCAGAUUUUCAUAAACUUGUUACUUAUAUUUAUUCAAAGAUGCAAACAAGAAUGUCAACUAGUGGUAAUGAAAAAAUGAAUGUACAAAAUAAACUUCCUUAUAGUAACACUGUAUUUACAGAGAUAAUUACUUACCUUCGUAUAUGUUUAGCAAAAAAUGCUAAUGUUACUAAAUACAACGAAUUAUUACAACAUCCUUGUGAAAGUACACCAUUAAUUGCACGUUAUUUAAAAAAUCUGUAUAAAGUAGAAUCAGAGAUACUACAUCAUUAUUUUGAUAUGAUUUUAAUGUUUAGUCAUACUUCUGCAGAUCAAACUUCACUGCAUGCUUUAUUGGAAUUAAUUGGUUCUGUCCCACAAUUUGCAACCAGAAUUUAUGAAAAUGAGUUAUCUUGGCUUCGUACUUUACUUAUUUCUACUAAGCGAGAUGUACGACAUCUAGCUGCUAAAAUUUAUGGUAUAAUAACUACUCAACUUUCCAACAAUGAGUUUGAAGUUCAAGUUUCUGAGCUUAUGAAUGUUAUGGAUAAUAAGAAUUUAGAAGCUCAACAUGGGUCAUUAUUAACGUUAACGUAUAUGAUGGAAAGAAGAUUCAUUUUUGGAAAAAAUGAUAUAAACAAUGAUUUCUUUAACUGGGAUCUUUACAUUAAUGUUGUAAAAUUAAUAUGUAAUUUUCUUCGCAGUAGUACCAUUUUGUUAAUGGAUGCUGCAAUUCAAAGUAUUGGUAUUUUGGGAAAAACAUGUGGAUUGCCAUUAUCUGACGAAGCUAAAGAAGAAUUAAAUAAAAAAGCAAUUGUAGAAAUAUUAUUUUCAGCAUUGAAUAAUGUAAAAUUAAAUACUAGGAUUAAAGAGAAAGCUGCACUCUCAUUAGGUUAUUUAUGCAUAGGAGAAAAUUUUCCUUAUACUUUAUACAUAGUGAAUAAAAUCAUUACAACUGCUAAAGAGACAAAAGACAUUGAAAUACAUUUAAUUAUGGGAGAAGCUUUAGUUUGUUGUGUUCAAGCUGAAGCAUCUCUAGAAAAACGAGAUGCUUGGACAAUAUUACCAAAUGAGUAUAAAGUACCUUAUAGCAAUACCAGCACAGAACUAUUAAUUCAUACAUUAGAUGAAUUACUUCAAAUAUAUAAAGAACCGCAUCCUAAUUUGAAACAGGCCGUCUGUGUGUGGUUAUUAACAUUAUUGAAAUAUAAUAUCCAAAGAGAAUGUAUUAAAGAAAAAUUUUCUUCAUUGCAUCAUGCAUUCGUGAACUUUCUUUCAGAUGAUAGUGAUAUAGUACAAGAUAUGGCAGCAAAAGGCCUUAGUUUGAUAUAUAUUAAUAGUAACAAAGAACAAAAGGAACUUUUUAUUUCUAAUAUAUUAGAUCAAUUUACACAGGGACGUAAAACUGUACAACAAGUUACACCUGAUACGAAAUUAUUUGAAGAAGGUGAACUAGGAAAAUCUCCAACAAACGGUAAUUUAUCAACGUACAGAGAAAUUUGUUCCUUGGCUACAGAGUUACAGAAACCCGAUUUGGUAUAUUAUUUCAUGCACAUAGCAAAUCAUAAUGCAGUAUGGACAUCUAAAAAAGGUGCUGCAUUUGGAUUUGCAGCAAUUGCUAAAAUAGCAAAUGAAGAAUUGAAUAAAUAUCUACCCAACAUAAUUCCACGCUUAUACAGAUAUCAAUUUGAUCCCACUCCCAAAAUUCAACAUAGUAUGUCUAGUAUUUGGCGUGUGAUCGUUCCAUCAACGAGUAAAGCUAUUGAACAAUACCAUAAAGAAAUUUUAAAUGAUAUAACUGAUAAUUUAACAAAUUAUGAAUGGCGAGUGCGAAUCAGUUGUUGCAAUGCACUUACAGAUUUACUACGAAUAAAUGUUCGUUUAAAUCUGGCGAAAUGUGCUCCGGAAUUAUUCAAAAAGUUGUUUCGAGUAAUGGAUGAUUAUCACGAGGGUACUCGAUUAGCUGCCACAAAUGCAACUAAAGCAUUAAGUAGAGUUUGCAUUCGAUACUGUGAUUCUUCUUAUGGUAAAGAAGGAGAAGAAGUUCUACAAGCAAUUUUACCUGUAUUAUUAGAUAUUGGAGUUGUUAACAUUGUGAGCAGUGUCAGAACAGUAUCUUUGCAAACAGUGUCUCAAUUGGUCUCGAGAGCAGGUGACUUGCUUAAGCCAUCUUUGGUUACAUUAAUUCCAGCUCUCUUAAGUGCUAAUGGCGAAUCAGAAAAUCCAAAUUUGUCAUAUUUGAGUAACGUAUAUGGAGCAAUGUCCGAGACACGAGAUGCUAUUGACAAUAUUAGAGCAAGUGUUGCUAAAGAACUUUAUGCUACUGAAACAAUAACGAAAUGUAUACAGUAUAUCGAUGCAGAGAUUUUAAAGGAAUUGAUGCCAAAAGUGGUAGAAUUAACAAAAUCUAGUGUAGGCUUUGGAACAAAAAUUACAUGUUUGCACUUCAUCAUUCUUUUGAGUAUUCAUUUUAAACACGAGUUACAACCUCAUAGUGGCAAAAUUUUAAGCGCAUUAAUGAAUGGAUUAUCGGAUCGUAAUUCUGUCAUUAGGAAAAAUAAUGCAACUGCUAUUGGACAUAUAGUUGGAUCAGCGAAAGAAUCAAGUCUUGAAAAAUUAUUUAAAACACUUAAUACAUGGUACAUGGAACGAGAUGAUUCAACUAAAUUAACAAUUGGACAAACGUUGCAAGCUAUAAAUAAUUAUAAUCAGGAAAUAUUGAAGAAUUAUUCGAACAUUGUUAUACCUCUUACAUUUUUUGCAAUGCAUGUACAAAAAACAGGAGAAAACCAAAAUAUGAUCGAUUUAUGGACCGAAUUAUGGAAUGAUAUAACUCCAGGAACAGAAGCUGGAAUUAGACAAAACAUAGAACCGAUCACAAAUAUUUUACGCAUAUCAUUGGAAUCGUCAUCAUGGAAUACGAAAGCACAAGCGGCUAAUGCAAUUAAUACGUUAGCACAAAAGUUAGGUAAUAAUAUUGAUACAACUGUAAGAAAUAUUUUAUUAAAGGUUUUAAUGGAUGGCCUACGUGGGAGAACUUGGGAUGGAAAAGAUUGCCUAUUAAGUGCUCUCGCUACAUUAGCAUGCAAUAGCAAGACAGAUCUUAAAGAAAAUACAGAAAUGUCUACAAAUAUAGUACAAAUAUUACAUAGAGAAAGUAAAAAAGAGGCUUUAGAGUACCGUAGACACGCUUUACAAGCGUUUGGUACAGUCUUGCACGAAUUAAACAUUGAUAAAUUUCAAGAGGUAUUCGAAAUUGUUCAAGAAAUAUGGUCAACGCUGUCAAGGAAAGAUAAAGAUGAGUCUUUAGUAUGUGAAGAGAGAAUAAAAAGGGAUAAUGAGAUUCUGAAAUUAUAUGAAACUGUUUAUGAAGUACUUGGAAAAGCUUGGCCAUCUUGUAAAAAAACUCAAGACAAAUAUUGUAAUGAAUUUAUAACUCAUUUUGGUAAAAUGUUUCCUGUUCAAUCUACAACAAUACAAAUAUCAAUGUUAUCAACUUUUAAUUUAUUUGUGGACAAACUCGUUUUACUUAAAAUAAAUAGUUCAGAAUUAUCAGCUGAAAACAAAGAAAUGUUGGAUAUAAUUUGUGAUACAUUUAAUAAAAUAUUGAAAUAUAGUAUAGGUAUUUCAUACAUCAGAAUAAGGAAAGAAAUUUUAGAUAUAGCUUUAUCUCUUAGUAGAAAGUUACAGCUUACUGGAAAUAAUGACCAAUUUGAUAACUUGAUUUUAAUAAUUCGAGAAGCAUUACCAGAGUUAACAAAGGAUAAUGAGCCAGAAAUUCGAACUAGAAUCAUCGAUAUCAAAGAAAUGCUUAAAAUAUGA